GUCCAGUAGACUUAAGUCAGAACUGAGUGGAUGAAGAACCAAACCUGCUAAGAUCCGGUCCAACGAACUCCUCAGAUCACACACAACUUGUGGUCAAACCUCCAGAGGCAGGAGGACAAAAAUGAUCUUGGCAAACCUAAAACAUUAUUUUAAAAGAAUCAGAUUAUUGUAAAACUAGCAAAUGUACCAACACCAGUUCUUGUAACAAUCGAAUUCCCUGAUAAAAGACUGAGUUUUAAUCUGUUUCCGAGCUUUUAACAUUUCUGAGGUGUUUAGAAGUGGUAAACAAGUUCUUUAGGUGCCACCAUCACUCUUUGAGAUGCACUUUGGGCUAACCACAAAAGCAUUUCCUCUAAUCUGCUCCUACAUCUAACCGAGUGGAAAGUUUUAGUCAGUCAAACCACAAUCACCCCCCACCCACCCAAACACCUAGCAGUUUUUUAUAUGAUCUGCUAUAAACACACCUCCAGCCCUCGGUUAGAGUAGACGCCCGUAAACCUGGUGCAACUUCAUCAUCUACUGAGGACUAUCUGCUCAUCAUGAGGACCACUCACAGCCUCCUGCUCUGCAUCCUGGGAGCUGCGCUGAUCUGUGCUGCUCUCUGCAACAAUGCAAAUGGUCCGGACAGAUGCUGUUUUAGGUUCCAUCAAACACCUGUUAACAAAAAAUUCAUCACUUCGUAUAUCCUAACAGAUGUCCGCUGCCCCAAAGCUGGAGUCAUUUUCAACACACGAAAAAACCGUACGCUCUGUGCUGACCCAGAGCUGCCCUGGGUCCAGAGCAUCAUUGCUAAAUUGGACAAAGAGUCCUUCUAAAGGAGCUGCAGGACCUGCCUCGCCACAUCACUGACACAGCUGCAUGGUUGGGGUUAUUAUAUAACUGCUUUUCUGUUGUUUCCAAUCAGAGUUUUUACUUGGAGUCAUUUACCAUCUGAGUGAUGUCCUUUAGAAACUACGCUUUAUUUAAUCAUGUAUUCCUAAAGCUUUUUAUAAUGUAACCAGAAGUGUUCCAGUUCUGAUUUCUCUUUGCUGUUUUCCAGAAAAUGUGACUUGUUUUCUCUAAGAUUUAAAAACUAAUAGAACUAUUAAAUGGUAAUGUCUUUGUUAACUUAAUCUGAAGAAUUAACUCAAAUAAAAACAUCUAUGAGCUGC